CUUUUUGUAUAUUAAACUAUAUUUAAAAAAUGUUGUUUCAUGAAGGUGAAUUUACAAAACUGUAUAAAAAAUAACGUGACCACAGAGUUUUCCCUGAAGAUUCAGACUUGUCUUAUUCCAGUUUAAAGUGAUGAACACCAAAGUCAGUUUUUCAGAACUUAUUUAUGUUUACAUAUCAUAUGAUAAAAAAUAAUGAUGAGCGGUCACGAGAGCAUUCACGAGUGUUGACCGUGUUGUUCGUGGUGGUUACCAGGUUAACACGAGUGACUGUCAGUUGUUGUUGUUUUGUUUACUGGCUUUAUUCGCAGAUCAAAUGUAUCUACUCCCCGGUUUCUCUCUUUAUCCGCUUUAUUCUCGUUUAAACGGCUCUCAGAAACAUUCGAGGUCACUUUAACGAGUGGGAAAUUACGCGCCACGCCAGUGUCAGCUCGCCUGUUAAAGUGAGGUUUAACUGUCACACUGACUCAUCGUUACGAUAAAAUAUACUUUAAAUAAGCAGUGACACUUAGAGUAAUCUCUCUUAACGUCUUAUUUCUACUGACUAAGGACCUUUUUUAAACUACGAGUCACCUCGUGUGGGAGCAUUAAAAUCACCGGACAGUACCUCAGGUAAAAUAUGUAAUGUAUGUAGAUUCUCCUACAGGGUUGGAAGGGGAGGGACGUAGGAGGGGUCUUCAACAGUCCUGUCUUUUUUAGAGGGUCUUGUUGCCAGAUGAAGGCAAGAUAAACUUUAAUCUUAUACUGAGAUGCUCUAUUGUUUAUGUCACUUGUUUACAUGUGCAUCGGAUCACAUGGUCAAAGCAUGACUACAUGACUCAUCAUCAUCUGAUUUGUGACUCAGCAAAGUUAUUGCCUCUCAUUCAAUUACUAACAGGGGGGUUUUUUAAGGUGAAGGGACAAGAUCUUAUUUUCUAUAAACAAAGUGAUUCUUCUCUUUUCAAACUGUAUCUGUGCCUGUUCAAAUAAAACCAAUAUCAAAACCAGAUUCUGGAAGACCCCAUGAGUCCACAGGCUGAGGUAACAGACUGCAACACAGAGACAAGUCUUAACAAGUACCAGAAUCUAUGACCUUAGUACAGACAUAAUAAAGUGAACGUGAGUUGCUCUGAUCUUACAUCAUGUCACAUCAUUUAGAUCAUCACAAUCAUCUAGACUUGUUGAGACAUGAUUCUUUGCUACACUUUCUUUCUAAAUGGAUGGGUAAUAAAGAUGUAAGAACUCAACAAACACAGUUAAUCUCUUAAUGUGUGAUUUUAUGACAGUACGUAAAGUACAGACGCUGUAUUUAUAUUCACAGACAUUAUUCCUAACCUCACCAAUGUACGAUGGAGGACAAACAUGUUCUCUGUUUGACUGAACCUUUAAAACGUUCUCCCUUAAAAGCACCUGAACACAGCAAAGUUGGAAGAACGACUUAUUAACUUGAGAAACAGGAGCAUCUGCUGAGCACAUGAACGCAACAUCAGACGAGGUCAUGGAAACCAGCAGAGAUCAAAUAAAGAAAUAACAGGAACAUCAAACUAAUUGAAAAAUGACGACACAAAGACGAACUGUCACUGAGGAACUAAAUACACAAAGGACAGGAAGGACAACGAGAGGCAGGUGCAACUAAUUAUAACAGGACAAACAAUCCCACAUGGGAAACAAACAGGCAGGAAAUGAAGUAAUGAGAGGUGAGAAUAUCAAAAUAAAACAGGAAAGAAUUGAUGAACCAAACAAUGAAAAACAGUCUAACGAGCAGGACGACAUGACACAAAGUCCAGGUGUCGUGACCUGUAACUCCUGGACUCAUGUAAUUUCAGAGUCUGUGUGUGUUUAAUGAAAAAAUAAAAAAUCACAUCCUCAGGAAAGGUAAAGAGGACAGGGUCACGAACGUGUGACAUUUGAGGUGUUAAAAAGAAGAAAGUCAGAAAGCUGACACAUCCUGCACAAACAAACUCUUCACACAUUUAGACCUGGAGAUUAUCAUUACAGCAGGAAACUGUGGCCGGUGAUGACACAAUCAGUCGAACAGUGCGAUGCAGCCCCCCCCACAGACUGACUGACAGUUUAUCUAUCAGCAGCGAAGACGAAGCAUGGAGAUUACAACACUGUGCGCUGUAGUUGCGACUCUGAGAGUCCUCCCCAACAGAUCCCAGUUCUUCAUGUACGAGUCUGUCUCUCUGAGCUGUGAACAUCAGGGGAACUCUUCAGAGUGGAGAGUAAAGAGGAACACAUCCACAGGAAUAAAUGAAGACUGUCCCACAUCCUGGGGUACAAGACAUGAAACCCACUGCUCCACUGAUGUUUACCCAAUGGAAACUGGAGUGUACUGGUGUGAGUCUGAAGCAGGAGAGUGCAGCAGCACCAUCAACAUCACUGUAACAGGUGGUUCAGUGAUCCUGGAGAGUCCUGUUCUUCCUGUGAUGGAGGGAGACAAUGUGACUCUGAGUUGUACAUAUGUGACAAAUUCCUUCUCCAAUAUCACCUCUUAUUUCUACAAAGACGAGCUUUUCAUUGGCAGCAGCUUCACAGGAAACCUGACCAUCCACAGUGUUUCUAAAUCUGAUGAAGGAUUCUACAAGUGUAAGAUCUCUGGAGGUGAACAAUCACCAGACAGCUGGCUGACUGUCAGAGAAGCGGGGCAUCCUGAGCUGCCUCCGCACCCCCCUCACAAAUGCGUUCUACUUCCUGUGGUGGUUGUCUGCCUGUUGCUGGCCUUGGCGAUGCUGCUCUGCCUCUGGAGACACCACAAAGGAAGAUCCGACGUUUCAUACACUGAUGUUACCAUCGUACAGGACGCACAGCCACAGAGGAUCAGAGAUGUGGAAGCUGCUCACACCGUCUACACAACACUCAAACCAGAGUACCUGACAGGAAACAACAGCACCAGUGCUGGAGUGUAAAGAUCUGAACCUCAUGGAUUAAACAGAGGAAAUAUGUUUUUAUAGAAAAGAGAACAAAUGAUGAUGUCACCUGAGCAUUUACUCGUCUCCGUUUUUCACAUUAGCACAAAACUCUCUCUUUUUGUAGCUGCUUGUGUUUUUGAAGUUCUUUAGUUCUAGAAGUCUUUAGUGUCUCUCUUUAGACUCUCAUGGUGCUUUUGCGGUGUUUUCAUGUCCCUCUUUAGUCAUUGUGUGACUCCAUGUUGUUGUCUUGUGGGUAUGCAGGCACUUUUGUUUUUUGUCUGAUAGGAGUCAUUUUGUGUCUCUGUGGCAGUUUUGUGCCUGAUUGAUCAGCUGUCUGAAAAUAAUGUGAGACUCAUCUGAAUUUAAGACUAAACCUGAUCCACUUCAUCAGCGAGAGAAAAGGUCUUAUAUUCUUAUUUAUUGUGACAGAGUUUAGUGUCUGUUUUCAGCUGUUUCCUCCUCACAGACCUCUGUCCACUGUAUUCUGUAUAUUUCUUAAUAUUUGUUUUUUUAUGAGCCUGAUUUUACAUGGACAAAAAUAAAACAUGAAACUAGUCACAUGA